AUGUCCAAGCUUAUUUGCGUCGUCGGCGCCACCGGCAACCAAGGCGGCUCCCUCGUCGCCGAUGCUCCGGGCAUCGAGGUGGUGGCCGCCGAUCUCGACGACGUCGCCACGCUCGAGUCGGCCUUCAAGGGCGCCCACGUCAUCUUUAGCGUCACCAACUACUGGGAGCCCUUUAUGCGCCCCGACUACCGCGCCAAGGCGUCGGAACAGGGCAUCACCUGCCGUCGCAUCGCGUACGAUGUCGAGUAUCGCCAGGGCAAGAACAUUGCUGAUGCGGCGGCCACCACGGCGGAUACGCUCGAGGUUUUCCUCGUGUCGACGCUGAGCCAUGCUGGCAAGGCCACGGGCGGCAAGAUCACGGAGCUGUACCACUUUGAUGCGAAAGCCGACAUCUUUCCCUUGUACCUCGAGGAAAACUACAACAUCUUGCCAGAGUCGUACUUUAAAAAGAAUGCCGACGGGAGCUUCAAAAUGCGGUUCACCACGAAUGCCCCCGGCAAGGCGUACAUGGCCGCCGGCACCUUUUGCUCAUGGCGCGAAUGGAUCGAGACCUGGGGAAAGAUUGUUGGCGUUGACGCGAGUUACGAGCAGGUCUCCCAGGAGGAGCUGAUUGCUUCCGCGUUCGAUAGGGACCUUGGGAUCGAGGUAACCCACAUGUUUGAUUAUACCUCGGAGCCGGGCUAUGACGGAGGGUAUGACCUGCUCACGGCCAAGGACUUGGUAGAGAAUGGCAUUGAGUGUCCCAUGACUUCGUGGGAAGACUGGGCGAAGAAGAACGACUGGACCACCGUUCUCUCCAAGUAG